CCUCCAGUAGAGAGAGAGCAGAACCAUCUACCUUCCAGAGAAGGCAGAGAGAAGAGAGAGAGAAGAGGGAACCACAAAAUCCAUAGCCUGCUAUGCAGUAUUUAGCAUACGGAUCAGUCACACUUUCCAAUGAACUGGUCAGGGUUUUUGAAACCAUGAUUAUUUCGGGAUACCCCAUCCAGCAAAACUUGUGAGAUAGGAAGAGAUCAUGGGGACUUACUGUUCUGAGCUUAGUUGACAAUUUCUGUCUCUGAAAGCCUGGCAUAAAGAUCUCCAGACAGCUAUCUGAUCACAGAACAGGAUUUAUUCCUAACUGCAGUGACACAGCAAUGAUAUCUUCUUCUGUGCUGCUGGAUGGAGGAGAUGAAGUGGAGUGCAGUAUUUUAAGAUUUCCAGAUCUGGACUUGAAAGAUCCUCUUCCUUUGACAGCCAAAAACAAUCUCAAAGCGGAAUUAGAUACCAGUGUCAGAAAGAAGUAUGCAUUUGCAAAGAAGAAGGCAUUUGCCCUCUUUGUCAAAGCAAAGGAAGUGCAGGUCACAGCUAGCUGCCCUCCAUCUAUGUGCAGAGCGGGACUGGGCUGGAAAUGCUGCAGACAAACCUUUAACGACCUCACCGGCAUUCACAUACACGUCGCCACGCAGCAUUCCAGUGACAUCCGGCAGCAGACAGGUGUGAUUCUAAAGCAGUUGGCUGCUGAAGCCAGCACCUCAAGUAACCCAGCUUCUGCAGACGAGGCAGAUAGGCGAAGCGGUCCCACCUGUAACAGCCAGGAGCUCUCUGAUAGGCUCCCAGACACAAGCCACAUUAGUUUUGAUGAACUGACAAGUGGAAUGGGAGAAGUGCUGUUAUAUUACUGUUACCGGGAGGUGAAAGACCCAGUGAGGCUCUGUGCUUGGCAGAGGUCUCUGUGCCAGCACCUUCAUCUCACUGGCAAGGUGCGCAUUGCUUCAGAAGGCAUUAAUGGGACAGUUGGUGGAAGCAAAGUAGCUACCAGUCUUUAUAUAGAGGCAAUGCUUUCCCACCCUCUGUUCAAAACGAUUUUGUGCAGAGAGGAUUUCAAGAGCAGUGCUGGAGGAGCUCACUGUUUCCCAGACCUUCGAGUUGGCGUAUUUGAAGAGAUUGUACCCAUGGGCAUCAAUCCAAACAAAGUCUCCUAUAAAGAAACCGGAAUCCAUUUAUCCCCUGAGGAAUUUCAUCAAGAAGUAGAAAAAUAUUUAUCUCAGGCUCCUCAAGCACAAAGCGACACCAUUUUACUGGACUGCAGGAACUUUUAUGAAAGUAAAAUAGGUCAUUUCCAGGGCUGCCUGGCUCCAGACAUCAGGAAGUUCAGCUACUUCCCCAGCUACGUAGACGACAAUCUCGAGCUUUUUAAAAACAAGCGCAUAUUGAUGUACUGUACAGGAGGGAUCCGCUGUGAGCGCGGCUCCGCCUACCUCAGGACCAAGGCUGCAUGCAGGGAGGUUUACCAGCUCAAGGGUGGCAUCCACAAGUACCUGGAAGAGUUUCCCGAUGGGUUCUACCGGGGGAAGCUGUUUGUGUUUGACCAACGUUACACCAUCUCUGCCAAUGAAGAUGUCAUUGCAGAAUGCAGGUACUGCGGGACGCUCUGGGAUCAGUACAAACUGUGCUCCAGCCUGCACUGCCGGCAGCUUGUCCUGACCUGCCCAAGCUGUCGAGCGAAGGGAUUCACGGCUUGCUGCCCCGUUUGUCAGGAGAAAGGGCUCAAGCUGGCUUCAAACCCUUCUGGAUGGAUGGUCAAGGAGGAAUGUGAAUGCACGGACAGACGGCAGCGGGUCCCAGGAAAAUGUUAAACAUUCAAUAAUAUACACUCACAUUC